UUGCUCUGAACUUACUCCUGGGACCAUUUCUGGGUGAGAGCGUGUCAGGGUAACAAUAAAAAAUGGCAUUUCAGAAGGCAGUGAAAGGAACUGCUCUCAUUGGAGGAGGUGCCAUAGCAACAGUUUUUGGCCUCUCUCAAUUUUCUCAGUAUAGAAACAAACACGGUACCUUUGUGCAUGUUCAAGCUGCAGAAGCUGUGACUGUUCCAAUAAAGAACCAUUUUCCCACAAGAGAACAACAGAUUUUGGCACUGCAAACCACGGGUGAAUUUGAUGUCCUUGUUAUAGGCGGAGGAGCAACAGGAUGUGGCUGUGCUUUAGAUGCAGUCACUAGAGGACUAAAAACAGCCCUUCUAGAAAGAGAUGAUUUCUCAUCAGGGACCAGCAGCAGGAGUACUAAAUUGAUCCAUGGUGGAGUGAGAUAUCUUCAGAAGGCCAUCAUGAAGUUGGAUUUUGAGCAGUACAAGAUGGUGAAAGAAGCACUCGAGGAGCGCGCAAAUCUUCUUGAAAUUGCUCCUCACCUCUCCGCUCCUCUGCCGAUAAUGCUCCCUGUCUACAAAUGGUGGCAGCUGCCAUACUACUGGUUUGGAAUAAAACUGUAUGACCUCGUGGCAGGAAGUCAGUGUCUGAAAAGUAGUUACGUCCUUAGCAAGUCACGGGCCUUGGAGCUCUUCCCAAUGCUGCGCAAAGACGAGCUUGUCGGAGCUAUUGUCUACUAUGAUGGACAGCACAACGAUGCGCGGAUGAACCUCGCCAUCGCCCUCACCGCUGCCAGGUACGGCGCUGCCACCGCCAAUUACACUGAAGUGCUGCGCCUGCUCAAGACGAGGGAGCCGGCCGGCGGGAAGGAGCGUGUGUGCGGGGUGCGCUGCAGGGACGUCCUCACAGGUACCUGCCUGCUGGGCCGCGGGGACGGGCGGGCGGCAGGGCAGCACCCGCUGGGUGGGGGACGCGACAGCGCGCCUCAGGUGAACGGAAGGCACGGGCCUAAUUCUUGUUCUCCUUGUUCCCCUGUGUAUGUCAGCAUGCCGGGUAUCUGGAUCCCUGAUAAUAUGGGUCUGCUUGACCCAGCCACCAGCGAUGGUAGAGUGAUUUUCUUCCUGCCCUGGGAGAAGAUGACUAUUGCAGGGACCACAGACAGCCCGACUGACGUUACGUCCCAUCCAAUACCCACCGAAGAAGAUAUAAACUUCAUUUUGAAUGAAGUGCGCAACUACCUUAGUGUUGACGUUGAAGUGAGAAGAGGAGACGUGUUGGCAGCGUGGAGUGGCAUUCGUCCUCUGGUCACAGACCCCAACUCCAAGGACACGCAGUCGAUCUCCCGGAAUCACGUUGUUACCAUUAGCGACAGUGGCCUUGUCACCAUAGCAGGUGGGAAGUGGACAACCUACCGUGCCAUGGCGCAGGACACCAUCGACGCAGCGGUUCAGGCGCACGAUCUGAAGGCGGGUUCCAGUAAGACCAUCGGGCUGCAGCUCCAAGGGGCUGAGGACUGGAGCCCCACUCUCUACAUUAGGCUGGUCCAAGACUAUGGACUUGAAAGUGAGGUGGCUCAGCAUCUGGCCUCGACGUAUGGAGACAAGGCCUACGAGGUGGCCAAAAUAGCCCAAGUCACAGGAAAGAGGUGGCCCAUUGUUGGAAAACGCCUUGUGUCUGAAUUUCCUUAUAUUGAAGCUGAGGUUGUCUACGGUGUUAAGGAGUACGCCCGCACGGCAGUGGACAUGAUUUCCCGACGUACUCGCUUGGCCUUUCUGAAUGUGCAGGCUGCAGAGGAGGCCCUGCCACGAAUCGUAGAUAUCAUGGGGAAGGAACUUAACUGGAGUGAGCAGAAAAAAAAGGAAGAACUUGAAGCUGCUAAAAAAUUUCUCUAUUAUGAAAUGGGCUACAAAGUAAAAUCAGAUCAAUUAACAGACAGCUCUGAAAUCAGUCUGCUGCCUUCAGAUAUUGAAAGGUACAAGAAGCGAUUCCACAUGUUUGACAAGGACAAGAAAGGGUUUAUUACUAUACUGGAUGUGCAACGUGUCUUGGAGAGCAUCAGUGUGCAAAUUGCUGAAAAUACGCUCCAUGAGAUUCUAAACGAAGUGGAUCUGAACAAAAAUGGGCAGGUUGAGCUCAAUGAGUUUUUGCAGGUAGGUGUUUCUCUGGUACAAGGGAAGCUGUAACGUUAACGAACAAAGGGGCGGGUGUUUGAUUUUCCCCCUUUGCUGCCGGGCUGGGC